CGGAGCGAAAACCCAGCGGAAGUAAACAACACAUGAGUUAGUCACGUCGGCAGGUUGAUGCCGGUGCUUGGAAGAAGUCUCUCAACAGGACACGGAGACAUUUUACUUAUAAUUAAACAACAAUGUCUUCAGUUCAGUGUUUACGAGAGUUAAUGAACGAGCGACUAACUGCUGCUGCUGAAGAAAUAUUCCGAGUUUUUCAGGAAACUAUCUCAGAGUACGAGAAAGAGAUCAACCGUCAGCGCAUACUGCUGGAUAUCGUUUGGAAACCUGAAAUAAAGUUACACAGAACAGAGCUCCCACAGCAACAUGUCUGUAAGGAGGAGGAGGUUCUCACUGACCAGCAGCUCUGUGACCUGGAGAAAAACUCCAGUCUGGACCAAGAGGACCCAGAGCCUCCACAGAUUAAAGAGGAACAGAAGGAACUCUGCACCAGUCUGGACCAAGAGGACCCAGAGCCUCCACAGAUUAAAGAGGAACAGAAGGAACUCUGCACCAGUCUGAACCAAGAGGACCCAGAGCCUCCACAGAUUAAAGAGGAACAGGAGGAACUCUGCAGCAGUCUGGAGGGAGAACAGCUGGUGCUGAAGCAGGAGACAGAAACCUUUAUGUUGACUCCUACUUGUGAGGAAAGUGAAGAUCAGACUCUGGACUUGAGUCCUGAUGAAACUCAGAGAGAAGCAGAGAAAGAGCAUGUUGUCAGCAUGUCAGUUAAAAGUUCUGUGCAACCGGAACCAAACAGUGACAACCAGCUGCUCUCUCACAACUCUGAUGUAGCUGAGAGCCAAGAUCACAAAGGAGGCAAACAUGGAGACUCAGGAUCAACUAGGAAAGCAGAGCCAAAACUAAAGAAGAGACCUUACAGACGAAAAAAUCACACUAACAAUGAAGACAACUCUACCAAAUUAAAGAUUCAGAGUAAUACUGAUACAGGGAAAAAGUCCUUCAAAUGCGGCAUUUGUGGGAAAUCUUUUAAGAUCAAGUCCAAAUUACAAAUACAUAUGAGAGUCCACACAGGUGAGAAGCCGUACUCAUGUAACAAUUGUGAGAAAAGGUUCGCUCGGUCGCACGGAUUAAGACUGCAUAUGAGAGUCCACACAGGUGAGAAGCCGUACUCCUGCGACACCUGUGGGAAAAGAUUUGGUGACAUGACAACAGUGAAAAGGCAUAUGAGAGUCCACACAGGCGAGAAGCCGUACACAUGUAAAACUUGUGAGAAAGGUUUCACUGAGAUGAGCAAAUUAAAACUGCAUAUGAGAAUCCACACAGGUGAGAAGCCGCACUCAUGUAACACCUGUGGGAAAAGAUUUCGUAACAUGGCAACAAUGAAAAGGCAUAUGAGAGUCCACACAGGUGCGAGGUUAUACAAUUGCACAACUUGUGGGAAAGAGUACAGACGUAGACAUAACUUCAAGGACCACAUGAGAAAGCACGCAGUGGAAGAAGUUCAGUGUUUGAGAGAUUCAAUCAACGAGCGACUAACUGCUGCUGCUGAAGAAAUAUUCCGAGUUUUUCAAGAAACUAUCUCAGAGUACGAGAAAGAGAUCGAUCGUCAACGCAGAAUGCUCGAUAUCGUUUGGAAACCUGAAAUAAAGUUACACAGAAUAGAACUCCAACAGCAACAUGUCUGUAAGGAGGAGGAGGUUCUCACUGACCAGCAGCUCUGUAACCAGGAGAGUAACACCAGUCUGGACCAAGAGGACCCAGAGCCUCCACAGAUUAAAGAGGAACAGAAGGAACUCUGUACCAGUCUGGACCAAGAGGACCCAGAGCCUCUACAGAUUAAAGAGGAACAGAAGGAACUCUGCACCAGUCUGGACCAAGAGGACCCAGAGCCUCUACAGAUUAAAGAGGAACAGGAGGAACUCUGCACCAGUCUGGAGGGAGAACAGCUGGUGCUGAAGCAGGAGACAGAAACCUUUAUGUUGACUCCUACUUGUGAGGAAAGUGAAGACUGGACUCUGAACUUGAGUCCUGAUGAAACUCAUAGUGAAGCAGAGAAAGAGCAUGUUGUCAGCAUGUCAGUUAAAAGUUCUGUGGAACCAGAACCAAACAGUGACGACCAGCUGCUCUCUCACAACUCUCAUGUAGCUGAGAGCCAAGAUCACAAAGGAGGCAAACAUGGAGACUCAGGAUCAACUAGAAAAGCAGAGCCAAAACUAAAGAAGAGACAUCACAAAAGCAAAAAUCACACUAACAAUGAAGACAACUCUACCACAUUAAAGAUUCACAGUAAUACUUAUACAGGGGAAAAGUCCUUAAAGUGUGACACUUGUGGGAAAUCUUUUAAGUGGAACUCCAAUUUGCACAGACAUCUGAGAGUCCACACAGGUGAGAAGCCGUACGCAUGUAACACCUGUGAGAAAAGAUUCUCUCAGCCAGGUGCAUUAAAAGUGCAUCUGAGAAUCCACACAGGUGAGAAGCCAUACCCAUGUAACACUUGUGAGAAAAGAUUCUCUGAAAUCGGAAAAUUGAAAGUGCAUAUGAGAAUCCACACAGGUGAGAAACCGUACCCCUGCAACACCUGUGAGAAAAGAUUCUCCCAGCCAGGUGCAUUAAACCUGCAUAUGAGAACACACACCGGAGAGAAGCCGUACCCAUGUAACACCUGUGAGAAAAGUUUCCCUCAUCUGGGUGCAUUAAACCUGCAUAUGAGAAUCCACACAGGUGAGAAGCCGUACCCUUGCAACACCUGUGGGAGAAGAUUUAGUUACAUGACAACAGUGAAAAGGCAUAUAAGAACACACACAGGUGAGAAGCCGUACACAUGUAACACCUGUGAGAAAAGAUUCUCUGUGCUGGGCGCAUUAAAAGCGCACAUGAGAAUCCACACAGGUGAGAAGCCGUACAGUUGCAAAACUUGUGGGAGAGAGUUCAGACUUAGACAUAACUUGAACAUCCACAUGAAAACGCACGCAACAGGAAAAGAUUCUGUCAGGUGCCAGACUUUAAAAGGCACAUAAGAAUUCAUUCAGAUGAGAAGCUGUAUUUGCAUUUUCAUAUUUGAACUUGUAUUUGUAUUCAGCAGAUCACAAAUACCUGAGGAAAAAAUAAAGACUACCCUAUGGUAUUGAAUAUGAUAAAUGUUUUUUUCAACACUUGUGAAUAUUUGAAUAUUAACUCCUUCUGGUCAUGCAUCAGUCCUAUGUGGGGUAAUGUCGACUUUAAACCAGGGAAAGGUGAUCCAGGAUUUCGGAUAUGGACUGAAAAAAGGUUAAGGAAAGUGCAAAAUAUGUACAGAGAAGAUGGACAACUUAUGUCCUUUGCAGAAAUAUCAGUCAAAUAUGACAUUCCCAAAUAUCUUCAACUUAAGAGCCUUAUAUCCUCAUCUCAAAACCAUUCAUUAGAUAUUCCUGUCAUUUCCUCAUUACAGGUAGCAAUCAUAAGACAUUGCUAUGAUAAAAAUUUUAAUUUAAUCUCUGUAUGACUUGUUUGCGUCUGGGUCUGAUGAGUCCUCAGAACCUAAACUGAGACUAUGGAAGGAAGAUAUAGAUGAUGAAAUAUCUUUAGAAGACUGAGUGAGAUGUGUAAGAAGGCUCAGAGGCAGACAGUCAUCAGUAGCCUGAAACUUAUACAGUAUAAAUGGCUGUUGCGUACAUACAUAACUCCUAUUAAAUUGCAUAAGUGUAAUGAUAAUAUUCCUGAUAUUUGUAUUAAGUGUAAUGAAGCAAGAGGGACAUUAUGCCACUGUAUAUUGGAAUGUGUGAAAGUGAAAUCCUUUUGCCAAGAUGUUAUUAAUAUGAUCGAUCAAUUUUUAUCGCAGCCAUUUGUUACGAUGGACGAGCCCCCAAAAUUAUGUUACGACCCUCUACAAACAGCUCGCCCACAGAAGGCCCAACAUAAUUAAAAGUCAGGAUUUCCCACAAAGAUUGAACAAAUUUAUUAACAAAAACAACAACCAAGUAACAAAAGCUGGUGAGCCGGCCAAAAUUAACAAAAAGAAGAGGAGACACCCAGACCAGCCCACAAAGGGCCGUAGGAUCUGGGCUCUCCUCUCUAACCUAAAUCCACAAAACUGAAAUAGAGCCGCGAAAAAAAAGGCUGCCAGACUCACCAACCCAAACCAAGAAACUAACAAAGGCAACUACAACAUAACAGAACAAACACAAAAAACAAGCUGCUGCUGAUCAGGCUGGGAAGAUGAGAGAGAGAGAGUCCAAGCCCUUUGUUCCCUCUUCAUAGGCCCUCCCCUCAAUUAUCCACUCAGGGCCACCUAGGAGAGAGAGCACAAACAAAAGGGUCAGUAACAAGACUAUACAUAUCCCAUCCAGCAGGGGGGGAGUAUGUAACACCAUUACCACUGGAUCCUAAGCUUUUCAUUCUGGGUAUACAUCCCACCAACCCACACUUACAAAGCAAAGAGUUUAGAUUUGUAGACAUAUAAUUGCUCUUAAUUGGAAAAAUGUUAAGGGGCCAAGAGUCGGAAUGUGGAUCAAAGAAAUGGUGUCAAACAUGUCAAUGGAAAAGAAGAACGUACAUUGUUAGACAUAACAAAAUGUUUCUGAUGAUAUCUGGAGUCCUUUUAUGUACUUCUUAAGACAUGAUGUCAAUGCUGGUAACCCGCUUCAUCAGGAACAAGCUCUGAGGGAGUAUUAUGAUCUUGUAUGUUGAUCUGAGAAACACCCUUUAUUUAUUUGAUUAUUAUCAUUAUUGUUUCAUUUUAUUGUAUUUUUAUUUAUUUUUUUAUGUCUGUCAGUUGAUAGGGAUGGAGUGGUGGGAGGGAAAACGGUGAAAAAUGUUUGCUGUGUAUUAUAUAACUGCUAUUCAAUGUACAAUUUGUGAUUUGCAUACUAAAAAACCAAUAAAUAUAUUGUUUUAAAAAAAACACACAAGAACAUAUAAUGG